AUGGAUUGGCUAUUCGGUAAGAAAAUCUCACCCGAUGAAAUGUUGAGAAAAAAUCAAAGGGCUUUGAACAAGGCUAUGCGAGAUUUGGAUAGGGAGCGAAUGAAAAUGGAACAGCAGGAGAAGAAAAUCAUUGCCGACAUUAAAAAAAUGGCCAAGGAAGGUCAAAUGGAUGCGGUGAAAAUUAUGGCCAAGGAUUUGGUACGCACAAGACGUUAUGUCAAGAAGUUUAUGUUGAUGAAAGCCAACAUUCAGGCCGUGUCACUGAAGAUACAAACAUUGAAAUCUCAAAAUACCAUGGCUGAGGCUAUGAAGGGUGUCACCAAAGCCAUGCAGAACAUGAAUCGUCAAAUGAAUUUACCUCAAAUACAAAAGAUUUUGCACGAUUUCGAAAAACAAUCCGAAAUAAUGGACAUGAAGGAAGAAAUGAUUAAUGACGCCAUGGAUGAUGCAAUGGAAGCAGAGGGCGAUGAAGAGGAGACCGAUGCUGUUGUGGCCCAAGUAUUGGACGAGCUGGGCUUGCAAUUGGGCGAACAGCUAGGCGAUUUACCCACCGCUUCUGGUUCAUUGUCCAUUGCCGGCGGCAGCAAAACUACACCCACAGCUAUCGCGGCCGGUGCAACCGGUGGCACAACCAGUUCAGGUGGUAAUGGUGGAGCCGCAGGCGGUAGUGGCGGCUCAACACCCAUGUCCGAUGCAGAUGCCGACUUACAGGCCCGUUUGGAUAAAUUAAGACGGGACUAAAAAUAUAUAUUUUUGUC